AUGAACACCCUCUGGUAUGGCAACAGGGUUAAUAGUUAUGGGAUUCUAAACCGUUUUAGAAACUACUGUAGUGCAAGUCCAAAAAAAGAUCAUAAUUUUCACCCAAUUCCAUUCCUUGGUUGCGGUCCUGGUACAGGAAAAAGUCGAUUUUUGCAGGAGAUCUGUAACAUUAUUCAUGAAAAAGCCCAAUUAUCAAAUGAUGAUGAAAUUAAAUCCAUACUAGGAGAAGCAGUUUUUCGGAACAUUACAUAUGGAAAUGGAUUUGCAUUUUCAGAUUUUGAUGUCGAUAUUGCUUCAUUAGCACUGAGGAUUUUAUACACCUACUUUGUAUGUGGCGAUGAAAGCGUGCCCUACAACUUGUUUGAACGAAAUAUUGGAAAAAAUGCUAAGCAGUUAGGUCUGGGUAUUGUAUUACGAGCUGUUUAUGAAAGCAAGCGUAGAGGAAAUAUGAGAAAACUUGCAAUUAUUGUUGGAAUCGAUGAGGUCAAUAAACUAUAUGAUAUAAAUCGGGAUGCUUUUUGUUGUCUUGUGGCUAGUAUUGGCAAAAUGAGUUGUGACUCGAGACCAAUUUUUUUCGUUCCAAUAUUAGCAGGAACAAUCGAGGGUCCACUCCAGUCAGUAAUUACCAAAUCCAUGCAUCAAGCUCUUCAGUUACCAUUAGAAUUACUGGAUAUAUCUCAUAUGCUAUUAAUUGCGUGUGACCUUGGAUUUGACGAAACCUUUGUCUAUCAAAAUAAUCUUUUCAAACGUAUUAUUGCUAAUAUAGGUGGUCAGGUGCGUGCGCUGGAGAUAUUCUACGAAUUAAUUUGGGAUGAAGCGAAAACAAAUAAAUUGGAAGAUAUCAAUUUAAUGGAUAUUAUGCACUUACUUGAGGAAAAGCUACAUUCACGCUAUGACUUUAAAACAUUUGCAAACCAAAUCACUCCGGUGCUUGCAAAUGCAAUGUUAGAAAGAUCUGUUAAUGAAAAUGAUGGUAUCUACACGGAUGAAUAUAAAAAUCGGUAUGUCCCAUACAAAAUGUUGAAAUCCCUUGGAAUUUUGACGCUUGAACCAGUUGAUAGUACAAG